GUUACACUCACUGAGAGACUGUCUGUAACCGACGUUUAGACACCGACAUGUUCCAGGUCCUCGGCGGGAGGAGCGUCCAGGCGGCCCGGCUGCUCCUCGCCUCCAGCAGCAGCAGGAGAGCCGUUCUCCUGGAGUCUGUCCGCGGCAGAAAGUCCCGCACCGACCCGGUGGCCAAGUCCAAAGAGGGGAGAAUCAAAGUGCCUCCUCCGGUCGACCCAGUGGAGAUGGUCGUCAUGAAGGAGAGAUACACCGAGUACCAGAUGAUCAUGAGGGCGCUGCGUCUGGAGUUUAAGGAGGAGGUGCUUCGGAUAAAGUACGAGGAGGAGACGGGCUCCCUGGCGGAGGAGAGGGCGAGGCAGGAGGCGGAGGAGCAUCGCGCCCUCAUGGCCUUCAACGACCACGAGAACCUCCGCUUGCUCAAACUCAGGGUGUUGAGGGUCCAGAAGGAAAAGGAGGAAGCUGAACGUCAGCGGGUAGAAGCUGCUAUUCAGCGAGAACAAGAGCAGCAAGAAUUUAUCAAGGAAAAAGAGAAGGAGAUUUUGAAGCUGCAGGAGGAUGCAAAGAACUUCAUCACAUUGGAGAACUUGGAUCAGCGUAUAGAAGAAGCUCUGGACAAUCCAAAGAAUUACAACUUUGCCAUCGACAAAGAAGGGAGGGUUGUUAAACGGACAAUGCUGCAGUGAAACAUCAACACCGACCUUUUGGGAAGAUAAACGAAGACAGACGAGCAUCAUUCAGGACUGUGAUUUUCUUCAACUAAACAAAGAAAACAUUCAGCGUGAGAAGAUCAUCGUACCCGUCAAACUAAGAAAUAUCAUUAGCAGAUAACUUAUUGAAAGCUUAAUUUCCUGCCUUUUAUUUUUCAUGUUUCUGCUUUAUAUUCUUUCUUAUUUGAGUGCUCUACCGUCAUCAUAACGUGUUCUUUUCAUCAUCACUGUCUUCUCAUGAUAUAAUGUAUGUAAAGUAAAUGUUCAUUGGAGUUUCCACUA